AUGGGAACUCUUCCGAGAACCACCAGCCGAACGCCGAGUUACAUCCUCCGCUCCGUCAUCGCAUUGUCAUGUCUCUCACUCCUCUUCAUUAUCUACAAGGUGAACGACUUUGCCAGUCAGACCAAGACAGUUGCCGGACACAACCUAGACCCUACGCCGUGGCAUCCUUUCCGGCCUAAGACCUUCAACCACGACGCCCUCCCCAGCCGCGCAUACAAGCUCCUCCAGUGCUCUUACCUUGCCUGCCGCUACACCAACAACAAAGGCAAUGCCACCACCCUAGAAGACGAAGACCAUCGCCGGUCGGCUACUUCCGUGGCCAAAUCCCCGCAAUGCCCGGAGGUUUUCCGGUGGAUUCACCAGGAUCUGGAGCCGUGGGCGACCACUAAGAUUACUCCGGUCCAUAUUGAGCAGGCCAAGAGAUACGCUGCCUUCCGGGUGGUGAUUUAUAAAGGGAAGCUGUAUGUCGACUUGUACUACGCUUGUGUGCAGAGCCGGGCUAUGUUUACCAUUUGGGGCUUGUUGCAGAUGCUUAAGAGGUACCCUGGCAGGGUUCCUGAUGUGGAUUUUAUGUUUGAUUGUAUGGACAAGCCUACCAUUGAGCGGUCCGAGCAUGCCUCAAUGCCGUUGCCGCUGUUCCGGUAUUGCACCAAUGAUGCCCACUAUGAUAUCCCAUUUCCUGACUGGUCCUUUUGGGGAUGGCCAGAAACAAAUAUAGAGCCGUGGGAUGAGCAGUUCCAGGCUAUCAAACGGGGUGGACAGGAAACGACUUGGAGAAAGAAGGAGCUUUUGGCAUAUUGGAAAGGAAAUCCUGAUGUUGGCUCCCCUGUUCGUAAAGAGUUACUCAACUGUAAUGAUUCGAAGACGUACAGAGCACAGAUCCUGAAACAGGAUUGGGAUGAGGAAGCAAAGGCUGGUUUCCAGCAGUCCAGUCUAUCUAAGCAGUGCAAUCAUCGGUAUAAGAUCUAUGCUGAAGGCUAUGCUUGGUCUGUAAGUUUGAAAUAUAUCUUAUCAUGUGGUUCUCUGGCAUUAGUAAUAACACCGCAAUAUGAGGAUUUCUUCAGCCGCGGCCUCUUUCCCAAGGUUAACUAUUGGCCCAUCUCUGCUAAUGCAAUAUGCCCUUCAAUAAAAUCUGCUGUGGACUGGGGUCAUGGACACGUACCUGAGGCUCAGGCAAUAGGAAGAAGAGGGCAGGAGUAUAUGGAAAACCUAAACAUGGAUCGGGUCUACGAUUACAUGUUUCAUCUCAUCACCGAGUACUCAAAGCUGCAGAACUUCAAGCCAGUACCUCCAAACACUGCCAUGGAAGUAUGUGCAAAUUCUGUGCUCUGUCUUGCUGACGAUGCAAAACAAAGGGAAUAUCUCGAACGAACAAGAGCUAAACCUUUUCCUGGCCCUCCUUGCGAUCUCCAGCCUCCUGAUGGUAAUCUCAUCAAUAAAUGGAAGAAAGAAAAGGCAGCUGUGUUUCAGACUGUGGAGGAUAUGAAUCUAGUAAAUGACAUACCUGAACCAGUGCCAUAG